AUGAAUAUCGCAAAUAUAUAAAAUAGAGUUAAAUGGGCUAUUUUGGCUGUUUUUCAAAACCCAUUAAAGAAAUUAGUCCCAUCUAAAUACUACCUCUAUGAGGGAUAAAAUAAUAUAGGCUCAGAUUCAACUAAAUCAGAAGUCGUUAUAGAAGCAGAAGGUGUUUCUCCUCUUCAUGCAGAAAUUUAUAUCACUAAUGAUGGAGAUGCAUAUAUUUAAGAUCUAAACAGUAAGCAAGGUAUCUUUAAAAAGGCAUCAUUUAACCCUAAUAAAAAAGUUCGCCUUGAACAAAAUCAAAGAUUCAGCAUCAUUCCUGACCAUGAGUUUUAUAUUGGAAAAUAUAAAUGUUAUGUAGUCGCCUUUGAUGAGGAUUAUAAAAAGGGCGAAGAAAGGAGAUAAAGGGAAAGAGAUGAAAUAAGCUAAUCUUAAAGCUAAAAGAAGUAUAAUAUGACAAUCGAAUUGGAUGAAACAGACUUAGAUGAUGUUGAAAAUAAUAAUAUUUUUGCAGAUUAAGAUCAAGUAGACCAGAAAAAAUAUAAUAUGAAUGAGCAAAAAGAUAUAUCUAAUUUAUAUGAAAAAACACUUGAAUUGAGUGAUUAAGAGAACUAAUAAGAAGAAUAGCAGCUGUUUUAAAAUUCAAAUAAAUAAUCUGCAGGAGAUUAUGAGAAAACUUUGGAGAUCAAGAGUGAUGCGGAUGAUCAAGAAGAGGGAAAUAUCUUUAAUCAAAAUAAUCAAAGUAAUUAAAAAGGCAGUGAGUAUGACAAGACUUUAGAACUAUCCAGCAAUGAAGGUGAUAGAGAGGAGGAAAAUAAUUUAUUUAGGAGUAAAUAAACUAAAAAUAAAAAUGCUUAGUCAGAUGCUAACAAUUAUGAUAAAACGCUAGAGUUGAGUGAUAAAAACAGUGAUGAAGAUAACUAGAAUCUUUUUUAGAGCAGUAAAAAAAAUACUAAUAAAUAAAUGGAAUGUGAGAAAACACUUUAGCUUAGUGAUAAAAGUGAUGACGAAGAAUAAAAUAUUUUUAAAAACAAAAGCUAAUAAAAAAAGCAAAAUGAUGCCAAUUAAUAUGAUAAAACAUUAGAGUUAAGUGACAAAAGUGGAGAAGAAGAUAAUGACAAUUUAUUUUAAAAUAAAAACAUACAAAGCUAAAAAAAGAAAAAUAAUCAAUAAAUGUUUGAAAAAACUCUUGAGUUAAGUGAUAAAGAGUAGAGUGAUAAUGAGAAUAGCUUAUUCAAAAACUAACAAAAUAGAAGAAAUAAUAAUAAAAUGGAAUGUGAAAAGACCCUUGAACUCUCAGACAAAGAUGAUUAAGAAGAUUCAAAAUUAUUUUAAAAAUCUGUUAAUUAAACAGAGCCUAAUCAAGCUUCUUUUAAUGCUUCGUUACCUAUUUAGACUACUCAAAGCUCUUUGCCAAUUUAAGCUUCUCAAGGUCUUUCAGAAAAAUAAAGAAGGAUGGAGAUAUUAAAGAACAAUUAUUUAUAUAAAAAAUAUUAAAAUUAAGCUAGUUAACCUAGCGAGUCAAGUUAAAAUAAUCAGGAAAAUAAAAAAAUGAUAGCUGAAAACCAAAGCUAAAGCAAUAAGAAAUCAGUUUAAGAUGAUAAAAAAAUGAUACCUGAAAACGAUAAAACUCCUGAUUUAUCUGAAGAGGAAAAGCAACAAAAAAAAGAGGUUAUUAAAAGAAGAGAAAAUGAAAUUAAAAAAGCUUUGAGCCCAUAACCUUCAUCUAAAAAUAUACAGAAAGAAUUGCUUUAGGAGACAUUAAUAGAUGAAGAUUCCUUUCAUGAUGAUGGAUGGUUCGAGAGUAGUACUUAAGAAAGAAGUAAAACACAAUAAUAGAGAAAUACUAACUUGAAUCUAGUAGCAACUCUCUUAGACUCGCCUUAAAGUCAAAAUUAAUCACAGUCUUUUAGGUAUAAUAAAAAGACAUCUCCUCUUAGCCCUACGUUAGUAGAUGAUGAUUAAGUUAGUGUAAAAUCUGCUAACUAAUCAAUAAGUAGUUAAAAUAAAGUUAAUAAAAAACAUAAAAGCCCAAUAUCUUUAAGUCCUACAUUUCUAGAUGAAGAAGUAAAUUUGAAUCUUUUGUCUGUUCAAAAUGAAAAGCAAAGGAAACUAUCUCAGCAAUCAGCUUAAUCAAGGUCAACUUCUAAUUAAGAGCUUGGUGCCACUCUUAUAGACCAAACUGACUCAAAUAGCAAGAUAAAUUCUCCUCUUCCCAGCGAAAAACCUGCUGCUCUUUAGAAUACUUUAAUAGAUUCCCCUGAGAGUUAGAAUGGAAAAAGAGAAGAUACACAAAACUAAGAAUUAAUUAACAAGAUAAAGCAGCAAGAAGAAGAACUCAAGAAAUUAAGAGAAUAACUUUAAAGCUAAGGUAAGGCCUAACAAAAUUAAACUGAUAAAAAAAAGACAUAAAAUGAAACAAACGAUUUAAGAUAAAAUUUAAAUUCUUUAAAUAAUGAAUAAAACUAUGUAAUAAAUGUACUUCCCACUUUAAGCGAUAAUAACUCAAAGAAGUAAGAUGAUCCUUAAAAAAAGGCGAAAAAUAUUAAUUUAGAUAAAGUGAAUUAAUUUGAUGAUUUAUUUGGCAACGAUGAAGAAGAAGAACAGGAAGAAAAUAACAAAAAUAAAAUUAAUUCCAAUCAUCAGCUUUCUUCAAGAGAAAACAGCAGAACAGGAUUCGGAAAUAACUUAAAAAGAGAAGACAGUCAAUCAGGAGUAGAAAAUAGCAACUAAGGAGUUUCAGGAUAAUUUUAAGGAGCUUAGCAAAGAAACAUAGGUCUUAUGAAUAAAAAAUUUCCUUUACGUACUCUUACAAUGUCUGACAUGAAAAAAUCUAUAUCUCCUAUUGCUUCUUCAACUUAGCCAUCUGUGGUAGAGGAAUUUGAGGAAAAGGCAUUCAAUAAAGCAAGCAGCACUGUUCCUUAAAAGACAUUAUUUUAAAGUAGUGAUGUAAAUAGCAGUGAUGAUUAAGCUUUCUCAUCUGGAAAUAAAAGAGGAGCUUAAUAAUCAAAAAAUAAAUAGAAUGACCUAAAAGAAGAAAAAAAUAAUAGUAACGGUGAUCAAUCAGAAGACCUUGGUGAAGAUCCUAAGAAGAAAUAAAAAGUCUAGUCAAGCUGGGUUCAAUUACUCAAAUAAAAAACAGGUAAAAUGUAAGAUGAAAACUCAAGAAACUCGACUAAAUCUGAGGAUAGCGUUAGUAAGGAAUAAAAUUCUUAAAGCAAGGGUAGAUUAACAAGAUAAAGUCAAGAUAAAUCUAUGGUAGCUGAGGAUAUAGAUGGAAAUGCUAUAAAAGAAAGUAUGAAGAUAUCAGUAAGUGGAUUUAAGCUAAAACCAGAAUAAAAGAAAGGCAUCAAGCAAUUAAAAUCUACGCUUAUAGAAGAUAAUCAGGAUUUUGAUAUAUUAGUAGUAAAAGAAACAAAAAGAACAAUAAAGUUAUUGUUGGCAGUCAUGAAAAAGAAACCAAUUGUUCAUGAAAAAUGGCUAACAGAUAGUAUUAGACAGAAUAAAUUGUUGUCUAAUUACUCGAAUUACUAGCCAGAAGAAUCAUAAUAUUUUAAGGAGAGAUUCAACAAUGAUUUAGAAUUCUUUAUAUAAAAAAGAAAAUAGAUUUCCCACGAUAAUUAAAUAUUUGAAGGUUACACAUUUUACAUUUCUAAAAGUAUAACUGAACCAAACGAAGAAGAAUUAACUUCUCUAAUUGAAGCUGGUGGAGGAUAAAUAAGAAAGACUCUACCAAAUAAGUAAGCCAAAAAAGGAGAAAUCUUUGUCAUUUUGGGGCCAAGCGAUCUUUAUACAUACAAAACCGUUUCUAAGCUUAAAGUUGUAACUUGCAUUAUGCCAGAAUCAAUAUUAGAUGCAGCAUUGUUUAGUGAAUUUAAAUCUGAUAAAAAUUUGAUUUAAUCAGAAGAUUUUUUUAAAAAUUGA